AUGGAACCGCAGCAGGACCACGGCUUCCAGAUCAUGGAGCAUCCCGACAUGAACAACCAUGAUUCGGACGGCUCCGGGUCCUCCGACGAACUUCUGCAACAGCCGUACGCAGUGAGAUCGAGCUCCAAUUUCCCGGAGAAUUUCGACAGCCAAGUCCAAACUCCAGCAACGACCAUUUCCUCCUCUCCUCCUCCUACCAUUCCUACCGGCCUUCCGCCAUGGGCAACCGGCACACCUACACGCCCUCGAGGGGCCAGUGUCGGGGCAUCUGCUUCUCUCGAUAAGGCGUCGCCUUUGGACGGGCUGCAGCGUCCUUCUGGCCCCGCUCGGACACCCUCAAACACCUACGCCCCUCAACGACGCCCACCCCAGUACAUCAGUUUCCAGAAUGACCGUCAGCGGAGCUCUUCGGCGAAACGAACCCCAAGACGUGAUCCCAAUGCGCAGUAUCGAGCACAGGAGAAGGCGUAUGUCCAGCGCAUUCGUGAUGACCCACAAGCCUGGCACAGUCAUUUCGCGGAUGCCCAGAACAUGGGCAUGGUGGUCGGGGACUCCGAUCUGGAAGAGCCGUCGCCGUCCUCAGAGGUUCCGUUCGAGGAUGACGCGUACGACCCGGAUAUUCAGCUGUUUCUCACUGACGACAAUCAACCGACGAUGGAGGAAUUGAAGAACCCGAGAAACCAAGAGAGACUGGAGUGGCACUCGAUGCUUUCCUCCGUCUUAAAGGGAGAUGUGGUGAAGCAGGAAAAGCAGCGACUGCUCGGAUCCACCGAGUCGAAGAGGUCGUUGGCUCAGAAUAAUGCGAUAUGGCUGGGUGUCAGGGCUCGGACUUGCGGGAGAAGUGUUCCUUUGCAGCGCAAGCUCAUUGACGAAGCAAGAGCUGGGCUUGCUCCCAUAAUUGAAGAAAUUGUCAAGUUCGAGAUCAAGGGCGAAACCGAGAUCGGAAAAUCACCCAUCAAGCAAGUCGAGGACAUCGUCGCGCAGAUUGAAAGGUGCGAAAGCCUCUAUUCUACUCACAAGGAGCUGGAAACCGCAAACCCACGAGUUGCGUCAGAGGAGUUUCGUUCGAGUCGCGAUGCUGUUUUGGCCUGGCACAAUACGACAAUCCUAAUCAACACCCAGCUCGCAAUUCUGCAAAAAUGGGUGGGAAACGAUCUGCUGGAUUUCAGCAAGCCCAGGACCAAGUCUAUCAACAGUGAUCUUUCCGAUGAAACCACCUUCCUUGAUCGCAUUAUGAAGGAAGAUGGUCUCAGAACGCUCCAGGGAAAGCAUAACAUGCUCCAUGGCAUUGGAGAGGUCAUUCAAAAAGCAAAGAACACAUUGAUCGAGAACGCAAACUCUUUUGCUAAGCGUCAUUUGCCUCCCUAUAUUGAAGAACUCCUCACGUUGAUCAACUUUCCCUCACGCCUCAUACAGGAGAUCAUUCGAGUUCGACUAUCUUAUGCUAAGAACAUGAAAGACCCGGCUCAACAGUCACCAAUUUUAGUUGACCAAAUGAUCUCGCAGUUUCAGAUUCUGAUGAAAGUUGCGGUUGAUAUCAAACAACGCUACUUGGAUAUUGCCAGGCCCGAGCCAGGCUGGGACUUGCCUCCUUGCAUCGAUGAGAAUUUCGAUUCGGUCGUGUUGGAUGCGAUGAAGUAUUACUUCCGGCUUCUCAAUUGGAAGCUGAAUGCAAACAAAAACACAUUCAAGGAAGCUGAAAUCCUCGAGCAAGAUUGGGAGUUUUCAAAUGAAGUCGGUCGUCAACUCGAAGGUGGAGAUAUCGAGGUAGCUGAACAGUUCAGUGCACUGACUGCAAAGUCAAUCCAACGCUUGAUGAUUCACUUUGAACGUGAAUUAACAAUACGACCAAAUGAGGACCCGGCCGACAUGGAUAAGCGCUACAAAAGUGUUCUGGACUCCACCCGGAUCCGCCAACGGAAGCUCUACCGGUUCUCCCGAUUUUUGCGACAGCUGUUCGAAAAUGCUACAGAAUAUAACUUGCCGGCUGACAUUGCAUACGACUUCUUGGAGUCACUCCUUGUGUCCGACCAUUUCAUUGUAAAAUCAAACACCUCCGUCGGCCAGAAAGGAGUGCAUCUCUUUGCGCAUCCCGCAUUGUGGGAUCGCCCUGCCGACAUACAAGCGAUUCUCGGCACCUCGUUUCGCGAAGAAGAUACCAACAAAGAUUCGCCACAUGUGCCGUAUAUUCUAGUGGUUCGUCCAGAGAAGCCUCUCCACUGGGAGGGCAAGGAGUUGCAGCUCGAUAUCAUGGAACUUCCCACGGAUCUACGAUUGGGAAAGCUACGUCUCGUCGUUGAAGGGACGCAGCAGCACCUAUCCAAUGCUAGACAUGAACUGAACCAACUCACUGGUUUCAAUCUUGACAUGGCUAUCGAGCAACGUGCUAACCUGGGCCGAGUUAAUGUCGAGCUCAACAAGAUCAAGAAAAUCUCGUUCAAAUUGUCGAUGACUAUCAUGGAUAGUGUCGCAAUCAUUAGAGAUCAGCUGAAAGAGAAGGGCUUUGAGAAUCACGAUCUGAUCCAAGCAUGCUAUGCCUUUGCAACGGAGUUUGGGAAGCGUUCUUCGAACGUCGAUCCUAACAGACGCGCUAUGAACAGUGCGAGACUGGUGGAGUUAUCCCUUGAUUGGGUGUCUUUCGUUAGUGAUGACUGUGAUGCUGCUGAUCGGAAAACCUUCAAAUGGGCCGUCGCUGCUCUUGAAUUUGCAAUGGCCAUUACUUCCAGCAGACAUCUGCUAUCCAUGGAUGAUUCGCAAUUUGGUCACUUGAGGCAGAAGGUGGCUGGGUGUAUGUCUCUCCUGAUAUCUCACUUCGACAUCAUGGGCGCCCGAUCUUCUCGUGCAGCCCAGGCAGAGAAACAACGCUUGGAAGAGCGUGGCGGCUCGAGGAGAAUGGGUUCAAGUCGUAUCUUGACCGACAAAGAAGCGACAAAGCUCGUUCGGGAACAGCGCCUGGCUCACCUGAGUGGACUCGAGGACAGGCGUGUCGGAGAAGAUGCGAAGCGCCAGGCUCUGGGACGAGUUCUAGAAGGGUCAAACGAGGCAGAUAGAUCUCUCACCGUCCUCUCAUCCUCGGCCACAAAUGUCACUCUACGGUGGCAGCAGGGUCAAUUUAUCGGAGGAGGAACAUUCGGAUCCGUGUAUGCCGCGAUCAACCUUGACAGCAACUACCUCAUGGCCGUCAAGGAGAUUCGUCUGCAGGACCCCCAACUCAUCCCUAAGAUUGCGCAGCAAAUCCGCGAUGAGAUGGGUGUCCUGGAAGUGUUGGACCACCCUAACAUCGUUUCUUAUCAUGGAAUCGAGGUUCACCGUGACAAGGUUUACAUUUUCAUGGAAUACUGUUCUGGUGGGUCUCUCGCCAGUCUGCUUGAGCACGGCCGAGUUGAGGAUGAGACAGUCAUCAUGGUUUAUGCUCUCCAGCUUCUGGAGGGUUUGGCGUACCUACAUCAGUCUGGUAUUAUUCACCGUGAUAUCAAGCCAGAGAACAUUCUGCUCGAUCACAACGGCAUCAUCAAAUAUGUUGAUUUCGGAGCGGCAAAGAUCAUUGCCCGUCAGGGUAAGACUGUCGCCCCCAUGGAUGCCUUCGGUAAGGAGGGUGCGAAGGACUCUACGGUCGCCCACAAUGUUUGGGGCAAAAACCAGAAGACAAUGACCGGAACCCCGAUGUACAUGUCGCCAGAGGUGAUCCGUGGAGACGCCGCCAAGCUCAUACACCGCCAGGGAGCCGUCGACAUCUGGUCCCUGGGAUGUGUCAUCCUAGAAAUGGCCACAGGUCGUCGUCCUUGGUCCGCCCUGGAUAACGAGUGGGCUAUCAUGUACAACAUUGCCCAAGGAAACCAGCCUACACUGCCACCCCGAGAACAGCUCAGCGACUUGGGCAUCGACUUCCUCCGCCGGUGCUUCGAGUGCGAUCCGCUCAAACGAUCCACCGCGAUCGAGCUCUUGCAACACGAUUGGAUCGUCUCAAUCCGACAGCAAGUCGUCCUUGAACCCGCCACCCCUGGCAGUGACAAUAGCGGUAGUAGCUCUACCUCAGGCAGUCGUCAAAACUCCACCUAUCUAUAA